GAUUUAUCAUACGCCAUGCAAGCACCGCGGUACCUCGAAUACCUCUGACCCCAAGCAGCCCUACAAAUCCUAAAACGCACCUCCAUGCGCCGAUGAACGCAAGCCCUGAUGAUGCCAUCCAUAGCUCCCCUCCACCCCGCACUCCGCCCCAACCGGAAAGCUAGAUUCCACAUCGCGCAUUCAUAAGCUGCGGCCCACCUCCCAGCCACGCCCCGACUGGAUUCCAUAAACCGUCCAAUGCCUACAAUAUAAAACAACGACAGUGUUCCUCUGCAAAUACAUCUUUAGUCCCAUCUAGCUUCUCUCCGUUGCAACUACCUCAACCUCCCUACUUCACCUCAUUUCGAAACCAUGCCCCACGCCACCGCAACCGUAAACGGCAUCACCGUCGCCGAGACAGACAGCUACGAAGUGGUCGACGGAAACAUUUACUUCCCGCCCUCCGCCAUCAACAAAUCCGCCUUCACGCCCACCAGCACCAAAACGCACUGCCCCUACAAGGGCGACGCGUCCUACUACACCGUCACCACCAACAAGACCGAGGUCAAGGACGCGGCGUGGUACUACCCGGAACCGAUGAAGGGGUAUGAGAAGAUUAGAGACUAUGUUGCGUUUUAUAAGACCAAGGCCGAGAUUGAGAGUUCGUAGGGUGGGACGGGAUGGAUGAAAACUUGUCGGUCGGGGCGUGGUUGGGAGUGAGGAGAUGGAUUCGGGGUAUAUCUAGGACAACUCUAUGAUGCAUUUCCCUGGCGCCGUGCCCAUGCUGUCAUAAUACGUACGGAAUUCGGGAUGUGCCAGCGAUUAUACAUCAACCCAUGACCAUCGUAUCGUCUCCGUCCAUGCCAACAGGCGGCGGCUCGACAACCACACCGCGUCCUCUGCCCUCCAACAGCUCUCUCCGCACUUCCGGACUGAUGCUCUUAUGGCCCCGCGAAAGUAGCAAAUCCAACAGGGCUUCCCGCUGGUCCUCUGUGAUGUCGUUGCGGUACCGUUGAGCAAAUGCCAAGAGACAUUGAUGCCAAAUGACCGGCAAUUUGCCCGUGCUUCCGAGAUCCCCGGCCACGGACUCAGUGUCCAUAGCAUCCGAACUUACGGCUCGGAACCGUAGGAAAUGGAAAACGAGC